CACUUCCGGUUGGAAACACGUCACUUCGCUGUAUAAAUUUCUUUCUUGACUUUAGUAGUAAUUUUCAACUGUUACAAACCGCGUAGAACUUAAAUCAAUAUAUUUCAUGAAAGAUUUAAUAUUGAAAAGAGUUAUAAAAAAAUUGUAUUAAAAUGACUGAUAAAAUGGAUUCUGAUAAAAAAGAAUCAAACUAUUUACCAAAAAAUAAUACGAAAGAGAAAUCAGAAUUUAGCAUAUGUCCAUAUGUAGGUAACGCUUAUUUUUAAAUAUAUUAUAUUUAUGUUAAUUAUAGAAUUACUAUUUGUAGAAACUACAGUACUCUUUUGGUUUUAAUCCAAACGUUCCUAUAAUAAAUUUAACGACUGAAAAUCGAACACUAAUUGCGUACGCUUCUUCGCAUGUUGCAAUGAUGUAUGAUUAUAGCUCUAAUGAAAUUUUACCUCUUCAAGGUCAUGUUAGUAUAGACAUGUGUAAUUUACGAGAUUUAUUACUUAAUUGAAUUAAUUAUAGUCGAUAUAAUAUUUAGAAAACUGCUGUUAGGACAUUAUCAAGUUCGAACGAUGGUAAAUGGCUAUUGACGGCGGAUUUUGGAAAGGACUGUACGGUAAUUGUUUGGGAUACCGAAAUCAAGUAAAAAUAUCCAUGUUUUAUGUAAACUAUACUUGUCUAAUGCGUAUAAAAACAUAUAUAUAUAUAUAUGUGUAUGUGAUUAUUGUUAAGGAUGCCUAUUUGCACUUUAUUCGAGCCUCAUGGUAUAAAUGGCUUGACAGCAGCACGUAUCAGUCCAAAUGCAAAGUAUAUCGUUACGGUUGGCAAUGAAAAAUUCCAAAAUGUUUAUUUUUGGUUGUGGACAUACGGAAGAGAUAAACCGGAUGGUUUAUUUUAAUGAAAUAUUAGCUAUUUUGCAUUUACGAAUAUUAUAUCUAUUAGAUACAUUUGUGUUUUUAGCGAUCGUUGAAUUAUCGGAAGUACAUUUGGAUAGAGUCAAAGAGAUCAGUUUCGACAAUGACUUUCCAAAACGAUUUGCUUUGAUUACUGAUCAUCACGUACUUCUUUUCACUUGGGUUUGUAAUUCGAAUUUGGUACAUAAUGAACAAAAUUUUCAUUGUAAAGUUAUAUGAUUUUAUCAUUUAUUAGGAUCAAGAUAAACUUAGCUAUUAUCGGCUCAUAAUAACUGCAAAAUAUGGUCGUUUUGGAAUUUUUAAUAACUCUAUUUUUGUUAGAAAAAAGUCGAAUAUGUUAACGGCAACAACCAAUGGUUUUGUAUUGGUAUGUAACCACGUUAACACCGUCGAGGGUGCUGCAGAAGAAGACGCAAAUAUUAAAAAGAAACAUAUCAAAUCAAUAAAAUUACAAACUUGUAAUAUCACUGUAAUUCUUAAUUAUGAAGGAAUGAUUGUUACUGGCAAUUCUAAUGGACGAAUUACUUUUUACGAUAAUGAAUUAAAACUUUUGUAUUGGUGUGAAAAUCGUGAAUUGGAAUCCAUUCGAUCGAUCAGUUUCGAUCUAUGCUCUAAAUUACUUGGCCCUGUAUACACUAUCAGUGAAACAGAUAGUAAGCUUGGCAUGACAUAAAGCAUCUUCUCUUUUAAAAAAAUAUAUAAUAUUUUUCAAAUAGUCGAAUCUAAUAAUGGAAACAGCACGGACGAAUUACACAGCGAAACAGAAAGUGAAUUUAUAGAGAAUUUUAUAAGUCAAGAAGAAUAUAAUAGUUUUCAAGAUAUAAAAUAUCUGAAUAAUAAGAUGGAUAAAAAAUUAUCAUAUUUAACUGUAAAUAUAGAACCUAUUCCGAAAUAUUACUAUGAUCAUAAAAAUUCAAUAUACGUAGCUACCGACGCAACCCUACAACGUUCUAGGUUCAUCACUAGGAAUACUUUUGUAUGUAAGCGUUUUUC